UAUAUAAAUUUGUAUUAUUGUGGCAGUUUUAACAUACUAAUUCACAUCUGAAACCUUUUUUGCGAUUAAUAAAAAGAUUGAAACACGUAUCUAUAGAAUAUAGUCUUGUUUGUGUUUUGUACAAAGGUGUUAAUAUUCGUUAAUUGCGUAGGUAUCCUAAAAGGUAAGCAUCUGUGUUCCAUAGUUUUAGGAACCCUUCAUAGGAGUAUUAAAAAAAGACCUCAACUUGGUAUUUAAAAAUUCAUCAUUUCUAUCUAUAUAAACCGUAUCACAGCACUUGAACUGCACCAUCAUUCACAAUUUCAUACCAUCAAACCAAUAAAUCCUAGCACACACAACGAGUGAAAAAACAACACCUUUUUUUUAAUCUUCUGAUAGGUUUGACAAUGGAUCUAGCCAAACACACAACACUCCAAAUGUUGGGAUUCAUACUCCUUGCAUCACUCGUACUAACUAUGGCUCAACCCCCUGGCUUGACAAAGCCAAGCCAUGCAACUUGUAAGAUCAAGAAGUACAAACAUUGUUACAAUUUAGAACAUGUUUGUCCCAAGUUCUGCCCUGACACUUGUCAUGUUGAAUGUGCUUCUUGCAAGCCCAUAUGUGGUCCUGCUUCCCCCGGGGAUGAUGCCGGAGACACUCCUCCUGCUCCGGUUCCACCUGUUUCACCACCACCUCCGGCUCCUGUUCCGCCAGUUUCACCACCGCCUCCAGUCACGCCUACUCCCACUGAUCCUAUGCCUCCGGCACCUGUUUCACCACCUCCUCCGGCUCCUGUUCCGCCAGUUUCACCACCACCUCCUACUCCUACACCGUAUGUUCCAAGUCCUACUCCGCCAGUUUCACCACCACCUCCGUCUCCUACACCGGCUGUGCCAAGUCCUACUCCACCAUCUUCACCACCACCUACUACUCCCACACCAGCUGUGCCAAGUCCUACUGCACCAUCUUCACCACCACCUACUACUCAUACACCAGCUGUGCCAAGUCCUACUCCACCUUCUUCACCACCACCUCCUUCUCCUACACCAGCUGUACCAACCCCUCCUGAUGUUACUCCCACUCCUCCUACACCGGCUGUACCAAGUCCUCCUGACGUCACUCCCACUCCCACUCCUCCUACCCAAUUCGUUCCAAGCCCUGAUACUCCCACCGCACCAUUCCCUCCAUAUUCCCCACCCGCGACCCCUACAGUUCCAAGCCCCACUCCCACACCUCCGUCGUCCCCAACUCCUCCUGGAUCUACUCCCACGACUCCAACGCCUUCUGUCCCAACUCCUUCUCCUUCCGUCCCUGUUCCAAGUGCUCCAAACUCUCCUCCUUACGUUCCCCCAUCCUCGCCUACUCCAACGCCACCAUCGGAUGGGGAGGCAGGAGCAGGAUUUAGAAGAGCAAGGUGUAAGAAGAAGGGCUCUCCUUGUUACGGAGUUGAAUACAGUUGCCCUUCCGCUUGUCCCCGUUCUUGUGAAGUCGAUUGUGUCACUUGCAAGCCUCUUUGCAAUUGCGACAAGCCAGGAUCUGUUUGUCAAGACCCACGUUUCAUCGGAGGAGACGGUCUCACCUUUUACUUCCACGGAAAGAAAGACUCCAACUUCUGCCUCAUCUCCGAUCCUAACCUUCACAUCAACGCACAUUUCAUUGGUAAACGUAGGCCUGGUAUGGCACGUGACUUCACUUGGGUCCAAUCCCUUGCUGUCCUCUUUGGCACUCACCGUUUCUACGUCGGAGCCCUCAAAACCGCCACGUGGGACGAUUCAGUUGACCGUAUCUCCGUCUCUUUAGACGGAAACGUUAUCUCGCUUCCUCAGCUAGACGGUGCCACAUGGACUUCUUCCCCAGGUGUAUAUCCUCAGGUCUCGGUCAAACGAGUCAACGCUGAUACUAACAAUAUCGAGGUUGAAGUAGAGGGUUUACUUAAGAUCACCGCAAGAGUGGUGUCAAUAACAAUUGAAGAUUCAAGAAUUCAUGGGUACGAUGUAAAGGAAGAUGACUGUCUAGCUCAUCUCGACUUAGGGUUCAAGUUCCAAGACCUCAGCGACAAUGUCGACGGAGUUUUGGGACAGACUUAUAGGCCAAACUACGUUAGCCGAGUCAAGAUCGGAGUCCACAUGCCUGUGAUGGGUGGUGACAGGGAAUUCCAGACCACCGGACUUUUUGCACCUGACUGCUCUGCCGCAAGGUUUACCGGUAACGGAGGCAGAAACGGUGGCUGGAGCAAAAUGGAGCUCCCUGAGAUGAGUUGUGCCAGUGGCGUAGGUGGCAAGGGAGUGGUCUGCCAGAGAUAGACGUUUGCUCUAAACUUUAUUACUACGUACUACCACCACUAUACAAUAUGCUAAGUGGUAACUAUAAUAUUAUACCAUUUCUCAAAAAAAAAAACUAUAAUAUUAUACCUAAUUAAUAAAUUUGUAACACGGUUUUCUUUUUUUCUGUAAGAAUAAUAUCAUCGAGAAAGCUUUCCCUAAGGAAAUAUGUAAUGAUAUAAAUGUAAUUUAAUUAUUCUUGAUCUGAAUGAAAUGUGAAUUUAUAUUAA